UUUCUAAUGGAGUCGGAAUUUGAUAUAAAUCAGGGUGGCCUGAGAGCCGACGGAAGGCGGCCACUCGAAUUGCGAAGAAUUAGAAUGCGUUUAGGAGUUUUUACUCAAGCUGAUGGGAGUGCUUAUGUAGAACAAGGAAAAACUAAAAUAUUGGCUACUGUUUAUGGGCCACAUCAGCCACGAGGUAAGGCUAUUAGUAGUAGUACCAAGGAUGUUAAAGGCAUUGUGAAUUGUCAGUAUAGUUCCGCGGUAUUUAGUUUUGGGGCUGCAGAAAGAAAAAAAAAGCCUCGCGGUGAUAGAAAAUCACAGGAAGCGUCGCAACAAUUGCGACACGCCAUGGAAGCAAUUAUUAAUUUAGAGCUUUUUGCCAGAUCUCAAAUAGAUAUAUUUGUAGAAAUUCUUCAGAUGGAUGGUAGCGAAUUUUGUGUUGCCGUUAAUGCUGCAACUCUUGCCUUAAUUGAUGCUGGAAUAUCGAUUAAGGAUUACGCUAUUGGCUGCUCAAUCACUGUGUCGGAUAGCCUUCUGGGAGAAGAUGAUGACGGACAAUGUACAGAAAUUUUGGAUGCUAAUUGGGUGGAAGAAUGCUGCCCUAGCGUUACUUUAUCGAUCGUCGCCCUUCCCAAGGUCGUCGAUGAGACAGAAACAAAAAGCUCUGUAAUUUUGACUCACGGGUCGGGUCAAAGAUUACAUCUUUCAAAGCUCGAACCUUUGAGAAUAAAAGCUCUCCAAGGUUGCAAAGACAUUCGAACUAUUAUCGACGAAGCUGUUAAAAAUCAUUUGGAAAUAUUUUCCAUCGCUACUGCACUAGAUAAAUAAUAAUUUAACGAUAAUUUAGUG